AAUAAAAUAAAAAUUGGCUAAAAUGUAUACCCACGAAGAUAUGAAGAAAUUUUUUAAAUUGGCCAUUAUCCUUUUGUUGUGCAGUGAAAUGCAACCAAGUGACACACAAUUGGAUACAUAUGAAAAUCGUAUUUUAUAUUAUCGUGCCGAUCAUAAUGCCACUGUAGCCACCUUGGAUAGCAGUAAAUAUCACGCCUCUAUUAGACUCAAGGAAAAAGAUGGACGUUAUGGUGCGGGACAUAUUUGUUCGGGGGCAUUGAUAGCACCAUCGGUGGUUUUGACAGCAGCUAGUUGUGUAUACAAUUAUGAUGCCAAUAAACCUUAUCAUCCCUCCGAACUGAAAGUUGUCUUGGGCUCUGUAUCACGCUAUCAAAAGCACGAGCAAACUUUAAUCUAUAGUGUGACUCACAAUUAUCAAUCGCCUGGCUUUGAUGCCAUAAAGCUACGUGACAAUUUGGCCAUACUAAUGUUAGAAAAUGAUGUACCUGAAAUGAAUGCAAACAUCAAACCGAUUACUUUGCAAACAUACAACACUAAUUGGUAUAGCAGCAAAGCUGAUAUGAAAUUUAAGGUUACCACCUGGUUAGAAACACAAGAGGGUUUAUUUUUAAAUCCGUUGAUGUUUUUGGAUGCCAGUCGAAUAGAAAAUGAAGAAUGUUUGAAGCAGUAUGGUCCCGUCUAUGGUCCUGGCAUGUUGUGUAUGCGCACCAUGGAAUCGACAAUGCAACAUGAUGUUGGUUCUCCCCUAUUUUUGGAUAAUAAAUUAAUAGGGUUGAUGAGCAUCAACAAUGGACUUAAGAAUCCGGCCAUUUUUACUGAUGUUGCAUAUCACGGCAAAUGGAUACGGGAAGUGAUCGGUGAUGGCCAUCAUAAAAAUAGUGCAAUUUGGGGUAUGUUGGGUUUCUUGGCGCUCACAUGGUUAGCUUUGAAGCGUAUUAAAUAUUUUAAGUUUUGA